AUGCCUCCCCGGCUCAAGGCUCUUCGCCUGGCCUCCUCGAUCGUCCAAAGACCUACAACAUGCACAAUUAGCGUACAGUUUCCGGCCCCGGCACAGCAGCGCUUCGCCUCGAUUCUCUCCUCGCUUUCCGACACCAAAGGCGCGUACAGCAAGAAGCUCCGCAAAGGUCGCGGUCCGGCUUCCGGCAAGGGAAAGACGGCAGGAAGGGGUCAGAAGGGUCAACAUGCGCACGGAAAGGUGCCGGCGGGGUUUCAGGGUGGACAGACGCCUUUGAGCAUCACGAAGCCGCCGAGAGGGAGGGAUAAAUAUAAUCCGUUCAAGGUCGAAAUGUCGCCCAUCAACCUCGACCGCAUACAGUCUUGGAUUGACCAAGGCCGGCUCGAUCCCUCGCAACCAAUUACAAUGAAGGAACUGAACAGAUCACGGUGUCUGCAUGGCGUUCAGAGACAUGGCGUAAAGCUGCUCGGCCGGAACGCCGAUCAGCUCACCUCCGCAAUCCACAUCAUCGUCUCCCGCGCGUCCGCCACAGCAAUCGCCCGCAUCGAAGCCCUCGGCGGCUCCGUCACCACGCGCUUCUACUCUCCCACGUCGGUCAAGCGCGUCCUGAAGGGAGAGUCGCACCCGAUAAUCUCGCUGCAGGCCGACGCGGGGCUAAUGGAGCAGGGCGCUCAGUACAAAGCGCCCAACGCUUCCACGAGCAUCCUAACGCCCGGCGUGGUAGAGACGUUGAAAGCCGUCAAGGCGAACCCGGACGCCCCUAUAGAAGUGAAGCACGAGGCUCUGCGCGCCGUCAUGGCGCAAGUGGGCCAGAGGUAUAAGUACAGACUACCUGAUGCGACGGCGAGGAAGGACAUUGAAUACUACCGCGACCCGGCGCACAGGGGGUACCUGAGCUACAUGGUCAAGGAGGGACAGAGCCCGAGUUUGUUCUUUAAGACGCCCGGGGGCGCGAAGGAUAAGAAGGAUCAGACGGCCAAGAAAGCAGCGGCGAAGGCGAGCGCGGAUAACAGGCUGUUCUAA